UGCCCCUCCAAGCUAGCAUUCGUAUAUAGCGUCGUCCACCAACCCAUUCUCACAGAGGAAUUCCAUAUUCUGUCCAUACCUGGCCCCCGACACCUCGGCAUUCAUCUGCUGGCUUUGCCCUCAUUUUAGACCCUUUCGGCAACCUGGACAAUAUAAUAUUUGCGGCAUAACCCAGGGCGGCGGAGAUUCAGUCCUCCCCCCCACAUUGAGUCAUGGGGCGUCUUCCUGCCUACUUGUUUGUCGUGAGGCACGGAAACCGACUCGACGCCGCCGACAAGCAGUGGCACCUAUCGUCUCCAACUCCAUACGAUCCCCCGUUGACCUAUGGCGGCUGGAUACAGGCGAGGGCUCUCGGAGCCCGCAUAGGUGGAAUCCUGCGCGACAGGAUACAGGAAGAUGAGGCUCAGCAGGCCGACCCAGGGGCCGACCCGGGAUCCCAGCCAAGACGGCGCCGGAGGUAUAAGGUCGUCAUGCACAGCUCGCCUUACCUCCGAUGCGUUCAGACUUCGGUCGCCAUAUCUGCCGGCCUUGCGCAGGACCCUUCACCUCUCCAAACCACAGCGAUGGACGAACAAGCACCCAACCCGCCCUCCCCUCUUGGCCCCGGUACUAGGCCUCCGGCGGUCGCCGAAUCGGCCGGCUCCGGCGCUGCUGACCUGAAGUCGGGUGAACCUCACAAGACGCGGAAGUCGAUUCUCCGCCUGGAUGCGUUCCUGGGGGAAUGGCUGGAGCCCAGCUAUUUCGAGCUGAUCACUCCUCCCCCAAGCUCCGUGUUAAUGCUAGCGAGCGCAAAGACGGCCUUGUUGCGGCUCGAAGCCUACGAGAACUACUCACCAUUCAACACGCAUAGCCACUCGGGAUCGCACGGCCAGUUGUGGGGUGCUGGGCCUCGGGCAAGUCCUGUGUCCCCCACCGCCGGAGGGGAUUCGGACGGGUUGGAGACCAUGGCUGCCAUGUCAAGCUCUUUGCCGAGCGGCGGCCGGGGCAUAAACAGCCAAGGAUUUCAGCAGGGCGGAACGUCGGUCGUACAGCCUGCUGAAGCGGGCGGGUAUGUGGCACCAGUCCCCAACUAUGCGGUAUCUUCGAGCGCAACUAUUCCCCUGGGUUAUGUCGCGCACGCGCGAGAUGCCUGCGUUAAUUUUGACUACCAGUGGGACUCUAUGAGAGGCCCGCUCGAUUUGGGAGACGGCGGCACCUUUGGAGAAGAGUGGACCGCGAUGCACCACAGGUUUCGUAAGGGACUCCAGGGUUUGGUGGAUUGGUAUGUCCAGGCGGAAGACCCAACGGACAUGGUCACUAAACUAGCACGACAAGACUCGGGAGAUGACACGGAAUGUGCAGUCGAGGACCCGGACGACGAGGACACGGAAGCGGUGGUGAUCAUGGUCUCCCAUGGAGCUGGAUGCAAUGCAUUGAUAGGGGCAAUCAUAAACCAGCCAGUGCUAAAUAAUAUUGGCAUUGCAUCACUGACGAUGGCAGUGCGAAAGCCAGAGGCCGAGGUUAGCACUGCUGGGAUGGGCGCCCGAGUCGACGCAGGUCACGAACCUGGCAGAGCAGCCACGAAGGUACCGAUUCAUGAACACUACGACCUCAAGCUGUUCGCCAAUACAGAACACUUGCGAUCAGCGGCACCUACACCAGCCCCAUCACGUUCUGCAUCGAUUGUAGGCAUGGCCGCCGCUAAGACCCGCGGCCGUUUCUCGAAUUCCUUCUCUGCCCCCCUGAGCAAAUUCUCGUUCAACGACGGCACAGGGAGUAGAUCUUCCUCGGCCAACGCAGCGCUGAGCGGCGUGCGGCAACCCUCGGUGGCAUCGCCCUCGACCCCACGUGGCACCUGGACUAGCACGUUACCAGAGGGCGGGAUCACAGUCGGGAGUGGCGUCACGUCGUUUACCAACAGCAAUUUGUCCUUCGGCCUGUCGCGGACCCCGUCCAUCGGCCUCUGGUCGCCCAUCUCGCGGCGCGACGACAGCGAGGCAAUUGACGACGAAGAGGAAGAAGACGACAACAUGCUGCUCAACUUCAGCCACGAGAAGAUCGCCGCUCCAGCAUCUGGGUCGGCCGCGACCGGCGCCGGAACCUCAGCUGCGCCCGCCACGAAACGGAAGGAGAAGGAACCGCCUGGCGACGCCGAGGUGCGCGUCGCCACGCAGCCGGAGGGCCCAGGCUCCGACGGUCUGUGCGGUGGGGAUCCCCGGCCGCCUGGCGAGGAGGAACCGAUACGCGACGUCAGCUCGGCUAAGCGGCGGUGGACGAUCAACGAGAGGCCACAUCCUCGCGCCAGCUGAAGCUAGGCUGACGCCGGACUGGGCACGCCUCGGAAGCCUUUUCUUGCCAGUGCGUCUGUGCUGUGUGUGCGCGCGUGACGGCUGGUUUGGUUUGCAUUCAGUGGUUUAUCGAUGAGCGACGUUUCUCGAUACCCCUUCCCUCACGAUGCAGCCUUUUUUUUUCUCAACAUGCUUUCCACUCAGCAAGGCGUAAUUUAAUUUCUUUCGGGGCGAACCAUUGCGGCGGGAUAAAAAGCGGGAUGGCAUCGUCUUGUCUUGUUCUUGUUUCUAAAAGGGCCAGGGGCGGCGGAACAAGUCCAUCAUGAACCAGAUGCGUUAAAAAGGCGUUCAAGAGGUUAGAAAGGUCUCGACUCUAGCGUUUUA